AUGGCGCAGGCGCUGGCAGAGAAGCUCUCGCGAGAGAGGCUGACCUCCGCCUUGGAGCGCGCGUCAAAGGCUCUCAAGAAGAAGCUGGCCGACGACUUCGAGCCGGAGAAGAUCCCGGAGAUAGUGGACGAGCUCCUCCGUCUGCAGGAGGAGGAGGACAUCGAGCUGAAGAGCGCCGACGUCCCUCAGCUGCGCCGGGAGCUCGCGGGGCUGCCUCGGGCGGACGCCUCCAAGGAUCUAGCCCUGCGGGUUCUGGAACUCUUCCAGAAGAGCGAUCGAGGGCAGUCCACCUACGGCUUCGUCGUGAUCCAGGGGGACCAUCAUACCAUCGCCGUGGGCACAGUCAACGCUUUUGAGGUCAAGUUCAAUCGGGAAUUCGCUAUCGCCAACAAGCACGGGCGAGGCGGCCAGUCUCAGAACCGCUUCGCCCGGUUGGCCGAAGAGAGCCGACAGAACCACCUUCGGGCCGUGUACGAGCGCAUGCAGAGAGCCUUCCUCGCGGAGGACUCCUCUCCUGUCGUGGACGCCAUCGUGGUCGCCGGGCCAGGACCCAUGAAGGCGGACUUCAUGGAGAGCCUCCCGACCCGCUGGCACCCUCUGACCUUCGAGGAGACCGUAACCACCACGCAGGCGGGGCCGACGGGGCUGCAGCAGCUGGUGGCGCAUAUGAAGGAGGCGUG